AAAUGCGAUUAGUUCCACCUUUACACUUAUUCAUCGAAUUAUUUCGGGAAAAUAGACUAUUCACUCAUCUAUUUUUGCCUUCCAAAAACAGUAGGAACGCUCUUUUUGUGUACUGGGACGGUUUAGACUGUUGAACCGGAGCCAACUCAGACUGAAUUUGAUUCAUCGUAAUUCUCAUUUUCUAGAAAUAGUCGAUGUUUGUUUUUUAACUUUAUAAAUUCAGGCGCUGAAGUAAAGUGGAGUCAGUCCAAGAAAGAUAGCAGCUGUGAAAGUUUGUUCAGUGAAAGUUUUUCUGAUCUCCUUAUAAAGAUGUCAAUGGUACCACUUAUGUUCCGCGACUGGUGGGAUGACGAAGACUUUUCAUGGCACAGGCCAUCUCGCCUUCUGGACCAACAUUUUGGUGUUGGUCUCAGGAAAGAUGACCUCUUCAACAGCCUGAGCACAAUCCCAAGGAGGUCGAGGUACGUGAGGCCGUGGACACCCACCAACAUCACAAGGCAGGAUUCGGGCAGCACCAUCCAGCAAGACAAGGAUAAAUUCCAGGUUAUCCUCGAUGUUCAACAGUUUGCCCCCAAUGAAAUCACUGUUAAGACGACUGGAAAUAGCAUAGUAGUUGAAGGAAAACACGAAGAAAAACAGGAUGAACACGGUUUCAUUUCAAGGCAUUUCACCAGGAGGUAAAUAAUAAUAAUAAUAUCAAUUCGAUAAAAACUAUAGUUGAUUAACGUAUUCUCCUGAAGUGACCGAUAGCUCGUUCCUAGUUAACAUUUGGCAGAGAAACCUACAUAAUGUUAAAAAACGACAUAAUGUCUCUUUUCAAGUUACGUAAUACCCACGCCGUACGCAGUUACGAGGGUUGUUUCAAAAGUAGGGUUGCCACAUUCUUCUCAGGCACAAUGAAUUUUCUUUUAGAAAAAACGAAUUCACCAUUGGACACGUUGAUCUUUGAUCUAUUUAUCUACAUAGUCUUACAUUCCUGCCUCAAGUUUCCCGCCCGUUUAGAAACCUGGUAACCGCUCCUUGCAAUUCCUCGUCCGUCUCUCAGAGGCGACACCGUGUCAAAAAUCAGGUUCUAUCAACGCCAACUUGAAUCCUAUGCGCUUGGUGGAAUUCCUGUUGCUGUGACAUUUAGGGGAUAUUCGUGGAACGUUUUAACACGUGUCCAGAACAGUUUCAAUCCUAGCCCACACUGACUUCUACUGUUGUUGGUGGUUAUAUUCAGUAUAAAAAACACUUGCAUGUGGGCAAAUAUAAACACAAAUUUCUUGAUAAUGUAGUUUAACAUAUGACAUUCGUAAUUUCAGGCUAAUAAAGCGUAAUAGAACCCCUCGGGAAAAUCUGGACACUCAUGGAAUUAAGCUGGAAAUGUGAUAAGCACCUGGGGAGACGAAGAUCAAAUGGACCGACAACAGGUGUCGCAUCUGUUUAAUCUGAGCCGGUACUGCGCGUCGCAAAUAAGCGCUUCUUGUUGGGAUCGGUGGUGGGGGCGCCGACAAAUACGACAGUGUUGCCAGAUUUCACUUAGCAUCACGCGCGGCAAGAUUACAGCGUUGAGAACCCUAUUUUUGAAACAACCCUCGUACAUUGUAUCUCUGACGUAGCAAGUGUUAAAUGUCCCGUGAAAAUUGUUGAGUUGUUGAGACUCAUACGGCUGGCUCGUAUUUUGUGCGAAAGAGAAGCGUGAAUGUCUUCUCUGGGGAUUUAUCCAGAAUUCUGACAGCUGUUGACAUUUGUCAAAUAAGUUUAAUCAAAUUCAAGCGGAUAACCAAAUGGAAAUGGUACUUACCAUUUUGGGUUGGUAUUUACCAAUCCGUUCAAGCGAG